GGCAGUGGCACAACAUCUUUAAGAUAGAGAGAGAGAGAGCAGAAACGGAAGACAUUUAUUCACUUUCUCUGGAAAAAAACUUGGGAAAAAAAAAAGUUUUUCUUUCUUUUCUUUGGUUUGUUGUUGACAAAAUGGGUGAGAGAGAUGAUGGAUUGGGGCUAAGCUUGAGCUUGAGUUUAGGUUCAAAUCAAAACGAGUCGUCUUCGAGGUUUAAUCCUAUGCCUCUGGCUUCUUUUCCAUCUUCAUCACACAUGCAUAUGCAGAACCAUUAUAGCCAUCCUCAGAAGAUUCAGAACAACUGGAUUCAAAUGUUUCAAUCUUCAGAGAGGAACUCCGACGUGAGAUCUUUUCUCCGGGGAAUCGACGUGAACAGAGCUCCAUCGACGGUGGUGGUUGACGUUGAGGAAGACGCCGGAGUCUCGUCUCCGAACAGCACAGUCUCAAGCGUGAUGAGCGGGAAGAGAAGUGAGCGAGAGCUGAUGGCUGCGGCGGCGGCUGGAGGAGUAAGAGUAAUAGAAGACAACGAGGCGGAGAGAGCUUCUUGCUCGCUAGGCGGCGGUGGUAGCGACGAUGAUGAUGGUGGCGGGAACGGAGACGACGGUUCGAGGAAGAAACUCCGAUUGUCUAAAGAACAAGCUUUAGUCCUCGAGGAGACUUUUAAAGAACAUAGCACUCUCAAUCCGAAGCAAAAGAUGGCUUUGGCUAAGCAAUUGAAUCUAAGAACAAGGCAAGUGGAAGUGUGGUUCCAAAACCGAAGGGCAAGGACGAAGCUGAAGCAAACGGAAGUAGAUUGUGAAUAUCUGAAAAGAUGCUGCGAGAAUCUAACGGAGGAGAAUCGAAGAUUGCAAAAGGAAGUGAGUGAGCUCAGGGCUUUAAAGCUUUCACCACAUUUAUACAUGCACAUGAAACCUCCCACUACUCUCACAAUGUGCCCUUCUUGUGAGCGAGUCGCUGUUACAUCGUCGUCGUCAUCGGUGGCCCCUCCUGCGAUGACGUCAUCAUCUCCGAUGGGGCCAAUGAGUCCUUGGGCUGCCAUUCCUCUCCGGCAACGACCUGCUGCUGGUUCUCAUUAGAAAAGGAGUUUCUUAUUUUUUUCCUUUCUGUUUUUUUUUUUUUUUUUUUUUUUUGGUAGAAUUAGUUAGUCUAAAGCUUAAUGGGUUUGGUGAUUUGGUUUUAAUCAUAAUGUAAAACGAUCUUGGAAUGU